AUGGUGAAGCAAGGAAACACAAUGUUCAUGGAGCAUAAUGAAAUUGAAGAGCAACUGGAAAAAGAAGAAAAGCAUUCGAAGCCUCUAAUGUUAAUGCCAAUGGUUUUUGAGGUGUUUGCUUUUACAAGGCCACUAGAUCAAGACACAAAGACAGAUGAAGAAAAAGAAGAGGAAUAUGAUGAGCCUCAUUUUGACAAGAAAAACCCGAAAAAAGACAAGAAAAAAGCUAAAUACAUGCGAAAGAGGAAAGAACCUAAGCAAAAUCACAAAGAAGAUGUCAAUUCAAGAAUGCAAGAAUGCUCAAGAAAGACAUUCAAUAGGCAGGUUGCCUAUAAACAAACAAGGCUCAAGAUGAUGGAGAACAGAGAGGUUACACUUCCACUUGACUCAAUGUAG